CCUCUUUCUUACGUUUAAGAUGGUUGAACUGGAACGCCAAAAAUGAUUUAAAACGUCCAUGUUUCUCUUGGGUUUCACUUGGAAGUUCAGGGGUGGAAUAAUAGGUUAUAUAUAUAUAUAUAUAUAUUAGUUUUGUUUUGCUUUUAUUUAUAUAUUGAAGCAGAUACAACUAGCAUGCAUGGAGUGUAGAGAAGUCAACGUGGUUUCCACCGAACCGGUUGUAUAUAUAUACAUACAGAGAGAAAGGAAGAAAAUCAUUGCAUGUUUUGAUGAUGGAGUCAAGAAAAAGCGCAGUGUUGCUGAUAUUUGUUUCAAUUUCAGUGUGGCAGCUGCAGGGUGGAAGUAGCAGUGUUGUGGUAUCGAAGGAUGGAAGUGGAGAUUAUAGAACGGUGGGUGAAGCCAUUAUGCAGGCUCCUGACAUGAGUGAUAAACCCUAUACCAUUCACGUACGAGCAGGCACUUAUCAAGAGUACCUCUUCGUUCCUCCUCAUAAGACUAACAUUAGGCUCCUUGGAGAUGGACCUCACCACACCAAAAUAGUAGGCUACCAAAAUGGUUCCACCAUUGACAUUCGUGGAGAUGGGUUCAUGGCAGCGAAGAUGGGAUUUGCGAACUGGGCAGGGCUGAACGCAAGCAGUGCAGUGGCGGUUCGGAACGAGGCAGACAAGAGCAUAUUCUUCCAAUGCUCCAUCGAAGGACUCCAGGACACACUGUGGGCGGUUUCCGGGCGUCAGUUCUACAAAAAGUGCGAUAUCUACGGCACGGUGGACUUCAUCUACGGCAGCGCAGCGGCGGUGUUCCAGGACUGCAUGGUGUACGCGCGGUACAGAGAGUACGUGACGUUCACGGCUCAGUCGCGAGAGGAUCCGAAUGAGAAAAGCGGGUUCAGUUUCCAAAGAUGCGAAUUCAGAAUGUCGCCGGAGGAUGAGAACAGAAAGACAGAGGUGCAUGCGAGCCUUGGGCGUCCCCUGAGACCCUAUUCCACCGUCGCCAUCCUCCACUCGUACAUUGACUCCAUCGUCGAUCCUAAAGGUUGGGAGCCCAUGCCCCACCAGCCCACCGACAAAGUCACCUACANUUUGUAUGCGUAUGUAUUUGACAGUGACCUAAUUAGUCGGUGGACGUCGGUGACACUGUGA